CAUGCUGCACUGAACUACCGUCUGGGAAGUAGCUUAUGCCGGCGCUACGAAGAUGGAGACAAUAGUUCAAAGAUCACUUGCGCGUCGUUCGCUGAGCCUAUCUAUGAAAAUCCUCCCCUUCUUGACGCGUCUCUCCCCAUAAUGGCUGACAACCCUCUCAUUGAACCCGUAUGCGUCUCGCGUUACUCUGGUUGCGUGAAUCUCGGCCCUCAUGCGUCUGAAUUCACCUUGACGACCGAUGAAGCCGAAUCCACAAUCGUGUUGGACUACAAGCAAUGUGAAGGGGGCCUACCAGUGUUCGAGAUUGCGUCAGCUUCCGGGCAAGAUUCCAUCGAUAUAGCCGUCAUAUACAGCGAGGGCAUUGAGGGAAUCGAUCAUGCUUCAGGCGAUGGGCCCUUCUUCCUGUUCUCAAAUGCAAUGGACACCUACCGAAGUACCACCUUCAAAGUUCCAGCGUCCGCAACAAGCCAAACCAUCAGGGCUGUGUAUUCUCAACGAUCGCAAAGAUACCAGAAAAUCACACUAGCCUCCCCACACUCCUCGAUCACGUUCUCAAGGAUUGCAUUCGAGCGAAUUCGACCUAGUUACCCGAUCAAGUCUUCGUUUACAUGUUCAAGCCCACUCCUGAACCAAAUAUGGCAAGACGGUGUGAGAACUGUGGACAGAUGUACGGUUAUGAAGGGAGAGACGUCCUCCGCAUGGCAGGCCACAGCAGAGGGGACUAGGGUCCGCGGUCAACACUGGGCUCCUUGUCGACUUGGCACACGGUGGGCGGAUAAGAUCAUUCGAUUUCAAGUCAGUAUCGAAGAAGGUGGCGCGAGCUGGGCUGUCCACAUGGUCGCUAACGGUCUGAUAUUUUGUCUCGACAUCUCAAAGAAGGUACUUUACGCCUGUGAGGGUCUCUCUACUGAAUCGACAAUCUUUCCUGUCGCUGAAAAAGGACGAUGGUCGAUCGUUGACCUAGACUUGAGCAUAUGGCUCGACGUGGAGGUAGUUACAAAAGGCAAAACAGUGACUGUCUCCGUACAAGGACGCCAACUUGCUGUCAUCGAAGACUUAGACAUCAGGCCCAUCCUUGGCGGGAGUGCCAAUAACACCGGCUCUGUCGCAUUUGGCGGUCCUUGUCAAUGGAUCGCUCUAUAUCGGAACCUCAGCGUACACGACUCAGAUGGACGAGCAUUGUACGAGAACGCACUAUUGCUGGAAGACGAAGAGCGAACCCUAGCCGACUUCCAAGUUGGAACCAAUGCGCUAGCUUGUACCAUCGAUGGUGCGAAGAGAGAUCGGGCAUGCUUCGGCGGGGACCUAUACGUGAUGGGACGCUCAAUUGCUUACUCCACCAUGGCAUUUGAUGCAAUCGCGGGUAGUAUCAAGCUGUUGACCAGCCAUCAAACUAAGGACGGCUACCUUGGCAAUCUCUGUCCUAUCCAGGCGCCCGUUCACGACAGCAACGAGGAGCCUCCUACUUACGCUUUCUACUCCUUAUCAUACGCAUUGCUACUUGUUGUAGCGAUCAAAGACUACUGGCUUCACACAGGCGAUGAAAGAGUGAGGUCACAAUGUCUUCGGCCGAUAGGGAAGCUGAUGACGUAUAUCGAGGGAUAUGUGGAUCAAGGAGUCGUAGUUGCGCCUCCGCCUCUAUCAAUGCACUGGUUUCCGCUUGGUGGACCCGUUUUUGGAGCUUCAAGCGCGCUGAACAAUGCAUAUUACGAAGCACUGCAGGCCAUGUCCGUCCUCGCCAUCGACACACUUACAAGAGACAGGUAUCUGCUACAAGUUCAAAAACUCAAGACCAGCAUGCUCCGCCACUUCUACGAACCUUCUACGAGCACCUACCGCCUGGAUAAAAGCCUGCCAGUGGACGGUAUCUGUCAAGACGUUAAGGCACACGCUAUGACGUUGGAUCUGCUUCCAUAUCACGCCAACGACCUCGAACACCUGAUCGACUCAGGUUCGCCCCUACCUCGUGCCUUCCGGGGUCUGGGUCACUGGGAUACUGCGAAUGUCGUCAGUCCAUAUGCAAGUGGCUACGCAGUUGAGGCUCUCUUCACGCGAGACAAAGGUGCGGAGGCUAUCAAACUCAUCGAGCGUGUCUGGGGCCCUAUGGCCGAUAGCGCAGGUCCCAACUACUCUGGUGGCCACUGGGAAGCAAUGAAGCCGGACGGUACACCUCACGGACAUGAUACGUCGCUCAUUCACGGUUGGUCGACAUGGCCAGUAUCGCUCCUGCCUCGAUAUCUGGCUGGUCUACAGCCUCUCGAGCCAGGCUGGAAAUCCUUUAGCGUCGCACCAGUUCUUGCCGGCUUAACAGAGAUCAAGUGCACUCUAGCUACUGUUGCUGGUCGCAUCGGUGUGGAGAUCGACCUUGACCAGCCGAAUGGCCAUGGUGCGCUGAAGGUCCUGGCACCAUAUGGGGUACGCGUGAAAUUACAGUCGCCUCAAGGAUGGGUUAUUCAAGGGCCGGAGUCUGUCGAGGGAACGGGCGUGUGGCAACAUUUCUUCCUGUCUGAGAUUCAUGGGGAUCUGAAUCUGAACGACCAACAGCCAGUGUCCCAAGCUUUCCCCGUUCCGGAACCACCAUCUAACACACACGUACGACAGCAUAUUGCUCUGCCUGGCAGGAUUCGAUCGCUACUUUCCCGAUUCACAGCAAUUCGCACAUGAGGAUUCGCGCUUCUUCACAUUAGUUCACCAUAUCAAACACAGGAAUGAAGGAGUUGAGAGUAUGCUCGGGUGAUCAACUUCUUUUUUUUGGACUACUGGCCUUCGAUAAGAUCAGAUGGAGCCUUACUAUACACGGAGCUUCCGGA